GCGCGCCGGCGGGAACCCGGGCGCCGAGCAGCCGCGCCGGCGAAGCGCGCGUCCUGGGACGGGGGUACGGACGGCCGAGGCGCGGAAGUUCGCUGCGCGGAGGGCAGGGCUUCGGUCCCUGAUUGCACCCUGCAGUCCCCUCCAGCGGACCGAGGCGGGGACUGGAAGCGGCGGUGGACAGCAGUGAAGUGCAGUCUCCCCAGACUCGUUGGCCCCCUCCCUCACUGCCCCGACGCCCCCACAGCUGAUGGGUGUGAAGGUUGGAGGUGGGCUCUCAGGGUGGCGGCAGCCUGUAUCCCAGCGACGCGGGAGUCUGAGGCAAAAGAAUCGCAAGCUGGAGGCCAGCCUGAGCAACUUAAGAAAAUGACCGCCUUGGGCCCUGUCUGAGCAGGCCUGCCUGGCGAGUUGGGACAUGUCUGGCCCCCGAGGACCAUCCCUGGGUGAUGGCUGCAGCGGUAGAGGGGCUGGAGCCCAGAAAAACUGCAUCUGCCUCAGAAGAUGCUUCAAGACCUGCUGUGGAAACUGUGGGUGCAGGACCUGGGGUGCCUCCUCUCCUGUUUGGGAAUCGGCUAAACUUGGACCUGUACCCCGAAGGCUGCCACCAGCUGUUGCACCUGUGUGCCCAGCAUGGCCAGCAUCUGCUGCAGGUGGAGUUCUUGCGGCUGAGCACCCACGAGGACCCUCAACUGCUGGAGGCCACCCUGGCCCACGUGCCGUGGAACCUGCCACGCCUCCGCUCCUUGGUCCUCAAAGGAGGACAAAAUCGGGGUGCCUUGGGUGCCUGCCUCCAGGGAACCCUGACCACACUGCCCACUGGCCUGAGUGGCCUGGCCUCCCUAGUCCACCUAGACCUGAGCUUCAACAGCCUGGAGACACUGCCAGCCUGUGUCCCGCAGCUGCGCAGCCUGGACGCACUCCUCCUCUCUCACAACCGCCUCUCAGUGCUCCCAGAGACCCUGGGGGCCCUUCAUGUCCUCACCUUCCUCACUGUGACACACAACCGCCUGCAAAAGCUGCCCACAGCGCUGGGGGCCCUGUCUGCCCUGCAGCAACUUGAUCUCUCUGAGAACCUUCUGGACACCCUACCUCCUGAGAUUGGAGGCCUGAGCAGUCUCACUGAACUCAACCUGGCCUCCAACCGGCUACAGAGCCUCCCAACCUCCCUUGCAGGGCUACGGUCCCUGCGGUUCCUUAUUCUACACAGCAAUCUCCUGACCUCAGUGCCCACUAGCCUGGCCCAUCUCCCAUUGCUCACUCGGCUUGACCUGAGGGACAACCGGCUCCGGGACCUGCCUCCUGAGCUCCUAGAUGCACCCUUUGUGCGCUUGCAGGGGAACCCCCUGGGUGAGGCCUCACUGGACUGUCUGAGUCCGCCAGGCACACCCCAAGUUCUGGAAAUGCCUAGACUAUUCCUGACCUCAGAUUUGGACAGCUUCCCUGUGACCCCUCAAGGCUGCUCUGUGACCCUGGCCUGUGGCGUCCGCCUGCAGUUCCCAGCGGGGGCCACCGCUGCCCCCAUCACCAUCCACUAUCGACUGUGGAUGCCGGAGCCAGGCCUUGUCUCCUUGGGCCCGCAUGACUUCCUGCUCAGCAGUGUCCUGGAGCUGUGUCCUCACACCACCACUGCCUGGCAGGAUGUGAGCCUGUGGCUGCUCUUUGUCCCCCCACGGGCCCGCCGUUGCCAUGAAGUGGUGGUCAGAACCCGUAGGGACAAUAACUGGAGUGACCUGGAGACCCACCUGGAGGAAGAGGCUCCCAAGCGGCUCUGGGCUCGCUGCCAGGUGCCCCACUUCUCCUGGUUCCUUGUGGUCUUGCGCCCUGUAUCCAAUGCCUGCCUGGUGCCUCCGGAGGGGACACUGCUGUGCUCUUCAGGUCAUCCUGGGGUCAAGGUCACCUUCCCCCCUGGGGCCACUGAGGAACCUCGUCAUGUCUCCAUGCAGGUGGUCCGCAUGGCCAGCCGAGAGCUGCAGGCCCUCCUUGGGGAUCCAGAGGCCGCAGUGAGCCCCCUGCUGUGCCUCUCACAGAGUGGCCCCCCCAGCUUCCUCCAACCAGUCACAGUGCAACUGCCCCUGCCCCCUGGGGUCACAGGCUUCAGUCUGGACCGCUCCCGCCUGCACCUGCUGUACCGGGCCCCUCCUGCGGCCACCUGGGACGACAUCACGGCUCAGGUGGCGCUGGAGCUCACUCAUCUGUACGCUCGCUUCCAGGUCACACGUUUCUCCUGGUACUGGCUCUGGUACACCACCAAGACCUGUGUGGGGGGCCUGGCGCGGAAGGCCUGGGAGCGGCUGCGACUGCACCAAGUCAACCUCAUUGCCCUGCAGAGGCGUCGGGACCCCGAGCAGGUCCUGCUGCAGUGCCUGCCGCACAACAAGGUGGAUGCCACGCUACGGCGGCUGCUGGAGCGCUACCGAGGGCCCGAGCCCUCCGACACCCUGGAGAUGUUCGAGGGCGAGAAGUUCUUUGCUGCCUUCGAGCGGGGCAUCAGUGUGGAUGCGGACCGCCCAGACUGUGUGGAGGGCCGGGUCUGCUUUGUCUUCUACUCCCACCUGAAGAACGUGAAGGAGGUCUACAUCACCACGGCCCUGGACCGGGAGGCUCAGGCCGUGCGAGGCCAGGUGUCCUUCUAUCGGGGCUCAGUGCCUGUGGAGGUACCCCAGGAGGCUGAGGCUGCCCGGCAGAGGAAGGGUGCAGAUGCCCUCUGGAUGGCCACUCUGCCCAUCAAGCUGCCGAGACUUCAGGGGCUCAAGGGUCUUGGGAAGGGGGCCAGCUUCUCCCUGGCACCGCUGAAUCUGGGCAACGCUGAGACCGGCUUUCUGACUCAGAGCAACCUAUUGAGUGUGGCUGGGCGCCUGGGUCCAGACUGGCCGGCCGUGGCCUUGCACUUGGGCAUGCCCCUAGAGAGCUGCCAGCGCAUCCGGCAUGAGUUCCGGGAUGACCUGGAUGGGCAGAUCCGCCACAUGCUCUUCUCCUCAGAGCGCCAGGCUGGGCAUCCAGGGGCUGUGGAGCUCCUGGUGCAAGCCCUGGAGCAGAGUGACCGGCAGGAUGUGGCUGAAGAAGUGCGGGCCAUCUUGGAACUCGGCCGCCACAAGUACCAGGACAGCAUCCGCCGCACGGGCCUGGCUGCUGAGGACGCUGCUCAGCCAGGCCCUGCAGCCUCUCAGUCCACAGAGCCUGCCCAGGCCUAGGCCCACAGACUGAACUGGCUCUGGACGUUGGCCUGGCCACUAGCAGAACUUGGUCUUCAAGUCUCCCCUGUCUGGGGGCAACCGACCUGUACCGUGUCACCCACUGUCUCAGAGCCUGGUUUGACUCUCAGGUGGAGAGGCAGCUGGAGGGGAGGCAUGGCCAGGCUAUCUGAGGCCAGGCCUCUCCUGGGAGGGGGUUCUGUAUGCCCAGUCACCUUCCAUGGCCUUUGCCUUGCCCCUCCCUCAGACCAUGCCCGUUGCCUCCUGUGGGUCCUGAUCUUCCCAGGCGUGGAGAGGAGCUGACUCUACAAAGUAACGAUUCUAUCAG